ACACGCGCAUGUUUGUGUCAGUUUAGACUUUUUGAGUGUUUUGAGUUUUGAAAGACGAGUCUCGUCGUUGUUUGUAUACAAACGUAGACGACAACUUUCUCUACAGAAGCUUCAUCUUUAUUCAAUCGCAGAUUCUUACAUGAAUGAAGUUUUUUAUUUCUUCGCAAAUACUAUUACAUUUAAAUAAUGUCUCGGAGACGAAGUCAAAACAGGCGUUCAUCGGCCCGUCUAUCAAUUCCUACUGGUGUUUUGAAUGAUAACACAGAAAAUUACGAUGAUGUGUCAAAAGACUUACUGUGGUAUAAUGAAAGCCUUGUUCGUCCAUCAACUAGUUUUACUAGAUCAAGAAAAAGUCACACUAUCUUGGAUGCAGACACUACAGCUUCUACUGCCGUCAGUACAAAUUGGUACAAUAAUCUUACAAAGUCUGAUUCUACAAAAUUACUAGAAGCUACUGUACAGAAAAAUGUACCCAUGAAGAAUAAUGAUGCUCAAUCUAGUGCUGAAUCUGAGGAUGAUUUACGUCCAUCUCAAAAGCGUAAAGCAAAAUUUGGAAAAAAAAGAAAUAAAAAGUACAAAGUAGAUGAGAGUAAUAUUUUCCACAAAGCUUUUGAAAAAACUACUGAUUCUGUAACAAAAAAUCUCUCUCAUGCAGUGACCAUUGAAGGUAAUAAAGAUGACAACUCCCAUCAAGUUUCUAAUACCAAUAUACCAAAAAGACGAUCAAUCAAAAUAAUCAGUGAUAAGUUAUUAAAAAAAGCAAGCAAUAAAACAUCUCAUAUUGAAGAUGCCAAUUUAUCUGCAAAAGUAUUAAGAAAUAGAAGUAUUUCUAAUAGCCCAUCCAAAACAUUGAAAAGAAAGUUGUCCUUGAUUAAUCAAGAAAGCGACAGAGAUGACACACUCAAUAACAGUGCUAGUAUUAUAAAAAAGCCUAAACAUAAAAGACGGGUCUUAUUUUCUAAAAAUAAAAACAAGUCAGAAACUAAUGUAUUUGAUGCUAUAUUAGAUAGUACAGGAUAUGAUUCCAUUUCUGAAAGUAUAUCCAAAAAUAAUGCAUCAGGAGGAGAUGACCAAUUGAAUGAAAAAAGUUCUGCAGCAAAUAUAAGUGUACCAGAAAAAGCAGAUAUAGAAGAUGAUAUUCCUAGUGAUAGUUCAUCUAUACCAAAGAAUAUUAGAAGAUCAGUAUUUAUUAAAAAAAAAUCAGGCGACCUCAGUAAAAAUAGGGUUAGUGAUAUUUCUACAAAAUCAAAAUUUGAACUUUCCCAAAAAUCUCAAAAUAAAUCUGGAAAAAUAGAGGAUUCUGAUGAAAAAAAAGAAAAUGUGGAAAACACUGCAUUGCGAUCAACAAACCUCUUGGAAUCAUCUGACGAUGAAAAUAUAUACGAUAAAUCCCAUACUUCACAGAAUUCAGAAAAUGUUAAAGACCAAUCUGUAAAGUCAAAGACAACUGAUUCUAGUGUAUCGUCAAAAAUUGCUUCAAAGCUCAAUAUGAGCAAAAAUAAAUCAAAAUCUAGGGUAAAAAAUUCUAUGGAUGCAAGUCAAAUGAGUAAAAAAUCUACAUCUUCAAUACAAACCAAUGAUAAAGAAUCCUCAUUAAAUCAAUCGAAAUCAAGAGUAGAAGCCAAUAAUAUUAGUUAUGUUAGCAACAGAUCAAAAAAUUCUGAGGGUCCUCGUUUCACAAAUCAAACUUUAAACAAUGAUUUUGCUGUACCCAGUCCUGUUAUAAGUCAAUCAUCACAACCAUUUAAAAAUAAAAAUUACUCUUCAAAAAAUAAAACAUUGGAUACUUAUGAAAAUGUAAUUUUGGAAGGUAAUAACUAUCAAACACCAAGUUCAUCACAGCGUAAUCCAACACAAAAUGAUUCUAUAUCAUCUACACUUUCGUUACGUAGAAGUCAACCAAUAGGCACAUCAACCGUUGAUCGUAACGCAAAACCAAAGCGUAAACCAAUUACAGAGAGUCCGAAAAAUAUUUCGUAUAAUUCCAAAGAAAGUGAACAUGAAGAGUCUACAAUGCCUAAACAUAUUAGAAGAACAAAAUCAAAUUUAUUUCAAAAAAACAAUAGUAAUGAAGAGAAUAGUAUCUUUGAUAAGGGUAAUGAAAGUUUUGUACCUGAAAAACAAAAUCCAAAUACUUCCAUAAUUUCUAAUACGUCAAAAAGAAGUAAUACUUCAACUUUACGCGAUGCUUGUUUUCAAAAACAAAUGCUAAACAUCCCAUCAAAAGAACCUUUAGAUUACGUAAAGCACACUACGAAAAAAGUUUUGGAAAUGAACGAGAAUUCUUCUAAUGACAGUUUAAAAGAAAAUCAACAAAACGAUCAUUCUUCGAUUAAAUUGAAACUAUCCGAAGCAAGCUUUGAAAAGCGAAAAAGUAAAAGUGCUUCAAGUCAAGUUAACGAAGAACAAAAAAAGAAUAACUCCGAUAAUUCUUCGGUGAAAAAGUCCAAUGAGUUUCUUGAUAAAGAUCCAAGCGAUGUUAGUAUUGAAGGCUCGAGUCGAUCUAAUAGAGACUCAAAUGCAAAAGUUUCUAGUGAUGUGAGUUUGGAAAAUUCAAAUCGAUCUAAAAGUUCCAAAGAAAGCAGACUUGAAAAUUCUAAAGAGAAGAGCACAAGAAAAAAUUCUGUAUCAAAGGAUAAAACUCCUAAUUCCAAGCAGUUAGAUACAAAUCGUGUAUCAAUGCUCGAGCGAGUUAGCUCGAAAAUCUCUGAUGACUUUAACGAUGAUGUAUUACUCACGCCACAUCCAGCACAAUCUACUCUUAAUCCUCAUGGAAGACCAGUAUCUCGUAUUACACAGUUUUCUCUUGGAAAAACUUUACUCGCUGAAACCAUUACCCCUAAUAAAAUAACAAAAUUAAAGGGGGGAGGAUAUACAAAAACAGCAGAAUAUGAAGCUGUACCUGAAGAUGAUGAAGAUGAAAGCGAUUUAGAUGAUUCUAUCGGUGAUAAAUCUAAAAUUAAUGAGACACAAGAGAGCAAUGAUUCUGUUAAUGAUCAACAAUUGUUGUCAAGACAUCCUGAUGAUAUCCCAGAAGACAAUGAUCUAUCGCAGGAAGAAGACAUGACUCCGUUUCUAUCGGAACAGCAAUCAAAACAAACUCUCAACAAUUCCAAUCAAAGUCCCUCAACAAUACCGGAAGAAGUUUGGCAAAAUGUGAAAAAAAAGACAGAUGCUUUUAAGCUCAUGAUGGCGAAUAGAAUUCAAGAAGAGCGUAAAGUUUUGCGCGAAAAAGAAGUGAAAAAAGCCCGCGUUGAUGCCAAAUUCAAGCGCACAAUAGCUCAACAAGAAGCAGAAAAGAAGAAAUCUCAGAAAAAAACUCCGAAUGAAGCAUAUCUGGUAAAAGGCAAACUUUACAAACAACCACGAUUACCCAGACCACAAAGUUGGGCUACGGAUCGUUUGUACAAACACUUGUGGCAAGUUCUUGAACCGAAAUUUGGUUUAAAAACUCGUGUUCGUUCCGAGGAGUUUGUUGUAGAACUUAGCAAUACUGCUAAAUUUAUAAAAUCGAAAAAAAAAUAUGAAGCCUAUGAGUCAGAAUUAGAGGAAUUGAUCCAAAAAAUGGCCGAAUUAGGAAUAAUUGAGGAUAGAAUUGAUUUUUAUCGAUGGUGCAGAAAUUACAUGCCAUACAGUUUUAGAAGUAAGGUAAUACCGAUGAUGCUACCAGGUAAUAUAAAAAGCAUUCCGUCGUUUGAUCCUAAAACUGCCUAUAAGCCAAUUUUAGGAGGAUCUGAAGAAGUAGAAGAUGACAGCGAUGAAGAUCAAGAGAAUUGACAUUUUGAGUUUAGCUUUUUUACUCAAAAUCUAUUUAUUUAGUUUUGUUGGAUUAUAUAACUGAUAAAAUAAUAAUUUGUAUAAAAAUAUUGUAAUUACCAACGUUGAGAUUUGUAUAAAAUUUUUGUUGAAUUGUAACAUUAUUUUUUUUAUUAAUUGAAAUUCGAAUUCCUAAUUCAUAAAUUAAUUGUAUUGUUAAGUUGUUGUAUUCAUAAGUUGUAGAGAGUUGUAUUGUAGUUUGUAUUGUUGUAUUCAUAAAUGAAUUGUAUUGAAUUAUAUCACUAAUAAAAUCAUAAAUGAAAUCAUAUUUUAUUAAAAAAUAAA